AUGUGCGUGAAAACAUUUUUCAUCUCAUUCAUUUUUAUUAUACUAACUGUGAAUUGCAAGAUCGUCGUAUUCUAUGGAACUUACAACAGUGCUUCGGAAAGUGUUCCAAAUUCGGUUCAGAAUUGGUUUGAUUGUGUUUGUUGGUGUCAAGAAACAAAUGAUUGUUUGUUUGUUCUAUGGAAUGAGUCAAGUCAAAUUUGUAAAGUUGUUUAUUCGAAUUCAUCUAACUACUUGGGUUUUAUCCACUAUACUAAUAAAACAACAGAUAUGGAAAUCGCGUUAAAAACAAAUUAUUCCAAUUGUUAUGACGCAAUAGAAUUUUUGAAAAGUCGCUUUAUGGGUUGUUCUGGAAGAUUGUUUCGAUCAAAAUACACAAUAUGUGCUCAAAGAUACUACUAUCAUUAUUCGAAUCAUUCGGCUGCUCUUGAAAAAUGUGAAAAUGAAGGAGAAGUUCUGAUUGGAUUGGAAAAUCAAAAUGAACGUGUUUCUUUUGCAAAUGUGAUUAAUAAAGCAACAAAAUACAAUUCUAGCUCAUUGAUUGGUCUGACUCGAAAUUCUGAGGGAAUGUUUGUUUGGUCUGAUCCAUACUUGACUGGAAAUGGAAGUAUUGUUUGGGCCGAUGGGCAUCCAAUAGACGGGUAUUUUUAAAAUUUUCCUUUAAAAUGACAUUCAAUGCUUCUUUUAGAAAUGAUUGCGCAUCACUUCAAUCUGACACUUCGUUAAUCCAAAGUGAUAAUUGUGAUUACUCUCCAUGCGAUAAUUCUACUUUUUGUCCAAGUAUUGUUAUUUGUGGUAAAUUACUUGGUUUUUGA